AUGAUCUUGAAAUGCAUGAUUGAUUACUCUACGAAGAAAAGGGCGGACCCAUAUUCUGAUAUGGGUGCGUUUCAUGAUUUUAUCAAGAAAUCGUUGAAGGCCGAUGUGAACAAGACCCAAUUGCAAGACAAGAUUCGUAGGUUGAAGAAAAAGUAUGAGAUGAAUGUGGCCAAAGGGAAGAAGUAUAAUCCUGUUAAGCCUCAUGAGCAAAAGGUCUUUGACUUGUCGAAGAAGGGUAACAACAAGACUUUGGCUUCACUUAAAGCUGAGCUUUUGAGUUCAUCGGAGCCCCCAAAGGAGUGUGAGAAGGUGGAAUUUGGUUCUGAUAGUUUGAGUGAGGUGAUUGGGUAUGAUAAAGGUUUCAGAGAGAUGAGGUUGCUAGAGGGUGUUAUGAAGCAUGGCUUGGAGUUGAUUGGAGGAGCUAGGCGAGCUGAGCUGAAGGAGAAGUGA